GUUAUCACAAGUUCACUACGUAAAGUCCUCUUUUAAAUGAAUCAAAGACCCUCAUUUCCUCUAACAGAUGUAUCUGUCUCCACUCAUAUUGAGACAUCUUCAUUCAUCAUCAGAUCCGCCAAAAAUUAAUAUUCUUUUUCAUAAUCCUACACUUUUGGACCCUGUUUAUAUCGACCAUUCCAUGAAAUAGGUCGUAGGGUCAUGUCUAUAAUUUUUUGCAUGGAUUCAGCUUUAAAUUUUGCAGGUCAUCACAUCCAGAAUUUGUCAUGUCUUGAACGUUCACACAACGACUGAAGCUGAAAGAUAAUUUUUCAAUGAUAUCAGAUUUUGCCGGUCUUUACUUGCUGAGCUUUGUCGGGGAAAAUGUACAGUAAGAAAACCUACAAAAGGCUUGGAUAUCACCAAUUCUGAAGUAUGAAAGAAGUUUUCGGAAUGGAUACCACACUUCCUUAACACACUGCACUGCAGUUUCCAAAGCAGUGAUAUGGUGAUACGGGUCAAAGGCCAAAGGUCAGGCAUCCAGAGCUGCUCAUCUCAUUGACCGUCAGAUAUGCUUGGAUUUUCGGGAAUAAACGAAGCGAUUUCUGGCUUCCAACAACAGAUUGGUGCAUACGACAAAGAAUUAUGGGAGGAACAUGUUGAAAUCAAAGAACUGAACAUACAGGGUCUCCCUGCAAAUAAUAUCCCUCUUCGGACAGGCCGGUUGAAGACUGAACUGAUUGACAUCGACCUUGUAAGAGGUUCAACUUUCACCAAGGCUAAACCUGAGCACUCGUUAGGAGCCAGUGCCCGCAAAGGACUUAUCAGGGUUUUGUUCUUCCCGUUCUACUUCCAGUGGUGGAAGCAGCAAUUAUCAAAAUGGAUGCUUGUGUGUUUGUUGGUGCUGUAUUUCCUCCAGGCAUUGUCUAUCACGGUAUACUUCUUGUAUUCUCCGAGUGAAGCUCAGCAGCCGAUCUUUUUCACUGAGGUCUUCACGCCUGUUGUCUUGGCCUUGGUUUUGGGAACAGUUUACUCACUGGUAGUCUGCACCACGGUCAAGAAGUCGAGAGCCUUGCGUCGCCGGAUGACACGUCGGAGUCGUGAGGUCAAGACCAAACAGCGAAAACCUACAUCCGAAGACAGCAAUGGCAGCUACUCCAAGAAACGUGGCAUGCGGCGGAGCCAGUCGCUGCCCUGCACAGCUGAUACCUACUACCAGGUGCGACAGGCCCGGCGCAACCUAGCCCGACGGUUCUCUCGACCAGGAAUUGUGGUGGAGGAUAGCACCACAGGCCGUCGGGAGAGCCUGGUGGAAGGCACGGACGAGGCGAGCGCGGAAGAUGGACUGGGGAACGAUGGAAGACAACCACCCGAGUACAUCCGCGGCCUGCAAGGUGACGAGACCACAGGCUACACUGAAGAGGACUUCACCUUGCUCGGAAAGCCAAUAGAGGAGACCGAUAUCGCUGGGGAGAUCCUCCUCCCUGACUUGGACCCCAAGACCCUUGGCGAGACCGACACGGCCGUUGCAUGUGUCGUGCCAAAGACGGCUCCCUCCGCGGCCGCUGAGGAUGCAACGGGAGAUCUGGCCACGGUCAAAGGUCAAGGAUUGUUAAAUACCAGUAAGCCAGCGGAGGAGAGCAAGAGUUACGUGACGCAGAAUCCAGGGGCAGAAGUUGGGACCGUUGAAGUGUCUAGUGUGUCUCUGCUCGAACGGGCCAAGAAAUCCUCCAUCACCCGGUUUAGUGACGAUGUGUCAGAUAACCCCCAGCACGCAUCAGACAGCGAAGGCCCUGCGGAGGACAGGGAGGAGCGCGGUCGUGAGCGCGGCCUCCGGAGUCGCGCGGGGGUCAGGAAAGGUCGGCGCAAGCGGCAGGAAUACGGGAGCUCCAAUGAGUCGGACCUGGACACGCGGCCCGUCCGACAAGUCAGGUCACUUGAGCAGGAUUCCCAUUUAAGAGGCCCGUCACGGUUCGGCGACUCGGACAUGGAUGACCCCAGCUGGGGGGAGACAGCAGAGGAGGUGUCUUCCUCAGGAACCUCAAGCGAAUCCAGCGAGAGUGACUCGUCUGACUCGGAGAAUGACAAGAACGAGGAGAUCCCGCAGUUUGAGGACCCUUUCAAACUCUUGCCAGCGACAGUCACAAGCACGCCAAGCGCCUGCACGAACACAGAAAAAAUCCGGGUUCGCAUCUUUGAAGGUGACGAAUGCAAGAAGGCCGAUCUGAGCGUGCUGGAGAUUAGCUGUUACAUCAACACCAAAGUGCGCAACACGCGCAGCAGCUGUGACUACAUCCUCCUGGGCGCCCUCUGUGCUGUCACCCUUGCCAGCAUACCCAUCAGCUUCAGACUGCGCGGUGUCUCCUUCCUGGACUUGGACCUGUCUUGGCUGACCUCUGCCUGUCUCCAGAGGGCGGCACACACCUUCCGCGUCGAUGCAGUGGCGUACGUUAUAGUUGGGCUGUGCAGCAUGGAGCGCUUGGCACUCAGUCUCAUGUUCUUCUUUCUCCUUUCUGUGGCCGAGAAAACCUAUAAACAGCGUUGUCUUUUUGCCAAGUAUUUCUCCCACCUGACGUCAACUCGCCGAGCUCGCAAGUCGGGCCUUCCUCACUUCCGACUGGACAAAGUCAGCAACAUCAAAGCCUGGCUGUCGCUCCGAUCUUUCCUCAAGAAACGUGGACCUCAACGCUCUAUUGACAUCAUAGUGUCAUCAGCGUUCAUGCUUACGUUGUGUAUGAUGUCUGUUCUGUGUGUUGAGAUGCUUCAGAAAGAGUUCAAGUUCCUAACCCACCUCUUCAACUGGGAACUGAUCGCCUGGACAUUCUGCAUGUGCCCCUUCUUGCUGAGGUUCAUGACUUUGGGCUCUACUAUCAACCAGAAGUUCCGCAACACCUCCGUGCUAUUAACGGAACAGAUUAAUCUCUAUUUACACAUGGAGAAAAAGCCCCACAAGAAGGAUGAUUUGAUGCUGGCCAACAACGUACUUAAACUUGCCUCCAAGCUCCUUAAGGAAAUAGAGACGCCCUUUAAGAUUGCCGGCAUGUCCAUGAAUCCGGUCCUCUACAACAUCACGAGAGUUGUCGUCUUAUCGGCCUUCUCUGGGGUCCUUACCGAGCUCUUGGGCUUUAAGUUAAAGCUUUGGAAGAUCAAAGCCACGUGAGGAGGUGUGCUCGAGCAUGGAGCCAGCUGCCCUCUCUGGCAGUCUGCAUGACUUAACUUGGCAGAACGAGUAGCAAUCUGUGUCCAGCGCCAAAUAUUCCAUUCUGCCAAGCUUGUCUGUGAUUGGUUAAUGCAUUGUUAAUACCCAAAACAUUUAUCUGUGAUUUGCCAGUGAGGUCAUUGGAGCCGGUCAACUGAAAUAGGUUGACCAUCUCGCCAAAAAGUGUAAAUUAAAAUAAAUUUAAUAUAUGAAAUGUAAACCGAGAUACUCAGUAUUAUGUAAUGAUUGUAGUGAUUUGAAAGCCUGCCAAAGAAAAUGUGGAAUCUUGUUGACUCUUGCAUCCAAAUAAUAAUAUGUAAAUGUCAUUGUCUGAAUAGCCCAAUGCUGUGAAAUUCCACAUUGAUUGUAUGGAGUUUAUCCCAUUGAGGGUAAACAUCAGGUUGUGAUAGCCUCCAAACUGAUAAACAAAGCUUCCUAUUGGCAGCCAAGCUAAUAUUACAGUCAUAUUAUGCUUCAUCAACCAGUCACAAAGACGGACUCUUACAACCGCAACAGCAUUUGGUAGUGAAUUUCUCCUUGGUUUGAAUGUGUAUUUCACAUUUGGAUUAGAGAAGUGGAAAUGGCAGAGUGUCAGUGUUUGAAGAUGUGAUUUUAACUUUACAAAUAUAUGGAGAUAUUAGUGACAUUUUGUAUUAUUUUGUAUUGUCGUUACUGUUUUUAUUUUUAAGAACGUUCAAAACACUUGUCAACGUUUGAUAUAACAUGAUACUUUUAUGAACAGAGAGAUGUCAAAUGUGUUAAUUUGUGGUGCUUUAGUUAUGUGUCUAAUUUAUUAUUUUGUCUAAUUUAUAAUCAUUUACAUUUAGCAUUAUUGUUUUGCAUAUGUAGCUAUGAUAGCUGUGUAUGAAAGGAGUCAUGUGUCAUUGCUUUUAUUAAGUAAGGUUUGCUGUUAUUGACACUGCUAUACUCCCCACAUCCAAACGAAAGCGAGGCUGCACUUACAAACUCCUUGGCUUCACUACUUUGGAGGUUGUUAAGGUAUGCCAGUACAGCCUCUCUUUCAGAUCAAAUGUGCCAAGGGCCCACAUGUUCAGCAUUGCCCAUACAAAAUUGCCAUAUUGGAAUUGGAACAGAGGCAAGGGUUGCACCUGCAGCUCCUCUUUCAGACCAAUCGUUAAGAGCCUGUUGAGAGCCGGCCGAGAAAAUUUCCCAAGUUUGCCUGGGUGGGAUUUGAAUUUGACACCUGGGGUUACCUGGCUUGCUGACCUGUUAGAAUCCAAGAGGUGAGAUAGGGUUAUGAUUUGUAGAUAUCACAGUCAAGCCUGCCCUACCAUUGGCAGUUUUCAGGCUCUACAGAUAUCCUAGGCAGGGUGCAUGUAUUGUGACCGAAGCAAAUUACCAGCUAUGAAUUUUGUUUGAGCCAAUUUUUGUCACAGAUCCGUGAUUUUUCUUAGUAUCAGAUGCAUUUUUGACUUUGUUUUUCUCACUUUUUUAGCUUCUCCAUCUUUUCUGAACACUUUUUAUCAGAAUGUAAUCAUCACAUUUUCUUAUUUCCUGUACAUUCCCAAAAUUUCUUCCCAACUGAAGGUUUGCUAGGCAGAUCUCAUUUGACCUUUGACAUGGGGAUAACCACUUUCUCAUGAUAGGUCAGUAAGCUACCCUUAAUGCUCCCUUUCCUUUCCAGGGAAAAGCCAUCAUUUGGUGAUUGCAGUCGGGGCAGUUGGUAUGGGAAGAGAAGCUCUCAUUUAAGACACACAUCGAUGCUAACUGCUAACCAAACUGCUCUGAAGACAUUAACAUGUUUAAUUGAAUUCAUCGUAAGAAUUUGAAAAAUAAUGUCAUUUAUUAGCUUAUACUCCGGUUUAUUCUCGGCAUUUGACAGUAAAUUCACUUUUGUGGGCCCCAGUUAGUGUAUUUGACAGAAAGAGACUUUUAGAAAAUUUGUGUUUUGACCAAGUGAAAAGAAGCAUUGUACUACAGUCAUUUUUCAAACAUGUUUUUAUUUAGUUUUUGACCAACCAGUCUCAGAUUUCCUUUGAAAAGCAGAAGGUUGGACAUAAUGGAAGGUUCGUUGAAGGAUGGAGAGUUUAGUUACAGCUGUCCUUGAGCAUGAAUUAGCCCAUAUUUCUUGGGAGUGUUUACAAGUUUCUUUUCUGACUAACCCAAACACCCUAAGCCAUUUUUGCAAAUUUCAGUCCAGCAAAAUUCGCCAACUGUCUCCAUGUAAAACAGUAUACACGCCCUCAAUAUUCCAAGAUCCUCCAUCAUUCCUUGAAUGUGUUCCAUGGAAGGGUGGUCAGUCAUUCAGUCCUCCAGCCAGCCCUGUCAUUCUGUUGAGGCAGCUCAGAUACUGUUUGAAGCAGUUUGGAUACUUUCCUGUAUAAUCUGGGUCUAACUUUACCCAUAGACGAGUAUGAUAAUGCAAGGUCUGUCCCAAGACUUUGACACAAGGCACCUUUCCGAAUCAGCCUCAAGUUUUUGCCACAGAGGCUAGAUCUUUCAAAAUCCACUCCCACACAAGGAUUUUGGCAAAUUUGGGAAGGUCAGGGUCAAGUGGGGCUGUAAAUAUUGGUACAAAAUCUUGAGAGCUGAAUUCCAGGAGACUGAAAGCCCACUUGGUACAUGUAUAUGCCGUGAUUUAUACACAGUUUUGCUUGAAAAUAUUAGCAUGUACUCUGCUGUGCUUAUUACUUUGUGGUCGCCAUAGCAUGGAUAAUGGUUAUGUUAGUGGGUAUCUUUCAUGCGAAACGGUGACAUGAAUGUCACCCUAGAAGCUAAGAAAGACAACUGAAUCAAUACACAACUUAUUGUUUGGGUGGGCUGUUGUGAGUAUGUAUGGACGUAAUUGAUAAAUGCUCUACGUAGUUGUGCGGUACUGUUUUGCAGGCAAGACAGCUCCAAAUGUUCUCUCUGUUUUCUCUCCUUUUUCACCUGCUCGUGAAUAAAAUCGGCUGACAGUUGUAUGCGCCA